UCCAUGGUACAGAUAUAUUAUUAACAUUAAUAAUAAAACAUAUAGUCAGUAUUAAUACAAAUGUAUGAUCAGAGACAUAUACUGUAACAUAUGUCUGUGGUUAAAUAUACAACUAGAAAAAGAGAAAUUUCAGCUUUUAUAAAAACACAUAAGGCUUGAACAACAAAGAACUAGACCUGGGUUAUGACAUAGAUAUUGUUCAUUAUAUUCGAUAUAAACGAACUUGGACUUUCACAUGUUGUCAUGAUUGAACAGAAAUAAUAGCCUAGAAAGCAAAUGUUAUGGCUGAAAAGCCACCAACCAAGGAACAGAUAAACGAAUAUAAAGACGCCUUUCGUGCCUUUGAUACCAAUGGGGAUGGGAAAAUAUCCUGUAAAGAGUUACGUACCUUCCUUAAAUCAAUGGGAGAGAACCCAUCGGAUGCAGAAAUUAAAAGAAUAAUGAGACGAGUCGACAAAGACGGCAGUGGGACAAUAGAGUUUGCAGAAUUUGUUGCCAUGAUGACCGAACAAAGAGAACAAACAUUGCAAACAGACGAAUACAGAAAGGCAUUUAAUUCGUUUGAUCUUGACGGCAACGGUUUGAUAACUGUGAAGGAGUUUAAGAAAGCAAUGGCACGACUUGGCGAAAAAAUAUCAGAGAAGAAAAUAAAGAAAAUAAUGAAAGAGAUAGAUAUAGACGGGGAUGGAUGCAUUAACUACCAAGAAUUUGUCAAAAUAUUGACAAAAUGAACCAGUUAUAAAGAAGCAAAAAAGAAAGCAAGACUUAUAAUUAUUCUGAAGUUGAUAAUGGUGCUAAAUCGACUUUUAUAAAGACACAUUCGUAGAUCGUUAGUAACAAAAUAAGUUGCUUUGAUGAUACUACAAUGUCAUCUCUACAUUUUAAGUUGAGUUAUCUUUCGUCCUUCAGUGCAUUCAUAUAAUUUGGAGAACUAUAUGCGAAGAACUACUCGGGUUUCACUGCGUGUGGUAUAUCGUAUUUUUUUGUUCUAUUCAUUAUUUAUUUAGUCGGACAAAAUGUUUUCUUAACUUGAAGAUAUUAAGAAGAAAUAAAUCACGUCCUGUUUUCAAGCUCAAAAUCUGUCCGUAUGUUAGUAUACUUUGCUUGAUUUCGUCACAUAAACAUUGUAAAGUAUGUGAACAUUAAAAAAUAAAACCGCAAAAUAUAUUUUAAGUCGAUAGUCGUUUACGAACAAAAUAAACGUGAAAAAAGAUAUUGGGACCAAUAAAUAUGUUUUUAAAUUGGUAACAUUGAGAAGAAGGACAUCUUUCGAGAAUUCCGUUCAACAGUCGGUUUUGUUGUGUUAUAGCUUUUUGAAAUAGUAUUUCACACAGUUUUGUUACAUACUUUUCACUGUGUGAAUUAAUAAAAAUCCUUUCACGGUAAAUGGGACAUAUUAAAUGGACCAUCACAUGAUCCUUUCUUCUCGUCAAGGUAUCUAGUUUUUAUUCAUUUAUCUAUUUCAAGUAUAUUCUACAGCAGAUUUUGCAAAAUCAUUUAUAGUAAUCAUUAUGCUGUCAGCACUGAGGUUGUGAGUCCAAACCACACACAGCAAAAUGCGUUUGACUCUAACCUGUAUUGACAAUGAUCGCCAGUUUUCCUGCAGAUAUCGGUUGUUCGCUCAGGGUACUAUUUAGUCAUCCUCAACCAAUAGAAAACAUACGGCAUGAUCAAGACAGAUGAGUUGAAUGUGACAUUACACACCAACAUUCAAUCAAAACAUAUAUUUCAAAUUUACGCAUGACAUACUUAUAAGUUAUGAGUUUUUAUACAUGAUUUUAACGGAUAUUUAUCUGUAAUGUAUAUUGUAGAUACUGGAAAAGUAUUCAUUACAUAGCUUAUAAUGGAAGUAAACAAUUAAAAUAACAAGUAUAAUCUU